UUGAACGUACCCAUCUUCCACCCGCUAGGAAAGGCAGCGGCGACGACGGGGACGGUGCUGGUGGUGGUGAUGAUCGUGGUGAACCUACCAGGCAGCAGCAGCAGCAGCGUAAGGAUAAAUCUUGCCUGCGCUCGAUGGGCUGGAUGAUGUCUGCACGGCCGCGGAUGGCUCGUUUAGGCUUACGGGUACGGUUUGCGUUAAAGACGGUGGGUGACGGCAGGAAAAAAGCACCCAAUAAGAAGGGAAAAGAAGACGACCCACGGAAGAAAGCCUGCGUCGAUCGUCGACGGAAAGAAUGGAGAAUUAAAGAAGAUUUCCACCGCUUGAUGAUGAUGAUGGUAAUGAUGAUGCUAAUGAUGAUGAUGAUGAUGAUGAUGAUCGUGUUGAGAUCGGAAUGAAAGAACGAAGAAAGGUAAGCUCACCUGAGCGAGCAAGAGUGAGCGAGACGGUGGCGGCACAAAUGCUGGUUGGUGGUAUGUUGGUUGGUCGAUUGGUUGGCUGGAGGUUCCCUCGGGUUCGGGUUUUGCGCAAAGCAGAUCCGUACGAGGAAAGUUAAUCGUCGCUAGCAGCUCAGGUCGUCGAUCAGUUGUGCAAGAUCGCUCGAAGAAAUAUGUUGGAUUUGGUCUAGCUGCUGAUUGCGCAGAGUGGGUUCCUUUCUUUGUCCAAAAACUGUUUUGUGAGAGCUGUAGGUACUUUGUGGUCUGGGAUUUUUUUCUCUGUUUGUUCGUACGACAAGUGAAGAAUUCCGGAAAACCGUGAAGUUUCUCUGGAGGCCGAAAGUUCGGGUGAACAAAGAAUUCAGUGAUCGAUUGGCCUGUGAUCCUAAAUUGAAGAGUUGUGAUAGCAAAGGCAAGUUGAUCCUAAUCGAGGAAUAAGUGCCGAUACAGUGUUUGAAAAAUACAAUUUAUAAAGUAACGAAAGGAAGAUUUAAAGGAGGCAGUGCCGGAGGAAACGAUUCUGAGGAAAAAAACAGCAUCAGCUAAUAAUGAAGUCGAUAAUUUUAUGUGUCUCGUUCGUGUUGGCGUGUGUUGCAGGACAACGCAUCACCACAAUCCAGCUCGACGGGGUCCAGUACUUUGUCAGCCGGAUGAAUCCCUACUCGCCGGAGCUGAACUACUUCCUCGCCUAUCAGUACUGCCGCUCGUUGGGUUUGCAGCUGGCCUCGUUCGAAACGAAGGAGAAGGUUGAAUCGAUGACGCAGUACCUGGCUAAUGCCGGCUAUAGCAAGUACAACUUCUGGACGUCCGGUAAUCGUCUCGGCACGGGAAUGUUCCUCUGGAUGAGCACCGGACUGCCGUUCAACGCUACCUUCGACUACUUUGAGUCUACGAACAUGGACGCUUCGGCUGGAUUGGACCCACUGGAUCAUAACAGCAACACCUCCCCUCAGCGCACCGCUCGCGACAGCAGCAGCGGUCUCGAGCGAGCAUGCGUCCACCUGAAGGCCCCCACGCUCCGGUGGGAACCGGAAGACUGCCUGGCGGUGAAAGAUUUCAUCUGCGAACAGACCAGAUGCUACUACUACAAUUACGGUAGCAUCCCGGUCUCAUCGGCGCAGGGCCGUCCAAUCAUCACCACAUCGACGACCCCGGCAGCUUUCUAUCAGAGCGCAUCCACCGCCCGAGUUCAAACCACGCCGACUCCUGUGAUACAUUCGUCGACUACGACCGCCACUCUGCCAGUGGAGGAAACUUCCCCAUUGGCAGCACUGCUAAGUGGUAAUUCCAUCAAUUCCGGAUCCGAAUCAGAAGGUAGCUUGGAGUCCCGCAGCGACGAGGAAGCCGUGCUGGACGAAGAGGAAGAACACGACGACGAAGAACACGAGGUUGAUGAGGAUGAUGAAUCCGAGGGACGUUCGCAGCAGGAAGACGAAUCAGUCGGUGUAGAAGAACAUCCCCAGGAAGAGGAAGAAGUUGUAGCCCAGCACGACAUCCCCGUUGAACAAAAACUGAAGCAGAUCACCCGGGAAAUCGAAGAAAUGUCCCACUCCGAUCGAGACGUAGACAACGGUCGUCAGAGUUUUCUGUCCCUGUCGGAUCUGAUCAAAAACAUUCGCCCGGCGGAAAAGGUCAUCCCGCAAAUCGAUUCCUCCUACUCGAAUACGAUGCACGUCCUCGGCGAAACCAUCACUCACGGCGAAAGUCGGUCGGCCAAAAUUUGAAUCUCAUAAAAUCAUCCCACACAUCCCAUCCCUGCACAUUAUCAUCAUCAUCAUCAUCAUCACCAUCAUCGCACCCGUAGCUUCUAGGUUCGCAGUAUGUAGGUCAUUUCCGUGUUAUCAUCCGUCAUCUUCGUCAGCUGUCAAUUCGCUCCGGUGUUUUCCGUGGGACAACACGUGACUUUUUGGUUUCAUCCGCUCAAAACUGUUGUCGAGGGAAAGUCAACAGCGAAGUAAUCGUUGCCUACUUAAUUGACUUCGGCUUUUAUUCGACACUCACAAUAAGCGGACGUACGCAAAAAUAGCCACGCGAACUUCCCGAAAACACCUGCCACUGGCGUCGUAAUUGGGCUCCAGUUGCAUCUCAUUCCACGAACAAAGCUCAUCAAUCAAAAUUCCGUGCAGCGUUCGAACCGUUCACAUCCACUAGUAUGUAGAAUGUCACAUCCAUUUCAUUAAUAAUUCGUUGCAUAGUCGAUGGGAAAACGACAAAAACAACAAACAACAAAAAAAAACGAAUAUUUAAUUAACCUCGUUCAUGACAUUCCGUGUCAGCGAAUCACAACAAAAAAAAUCCAUUAAUUCAUUUUUUAGUAGAAAAAUACAAUAACAAAAAAAAACGACUGGAGAGAGAGAAAGAGAACCAAUUUUAUGAUGACAGUUCAUGCUAUUACCAAGUAAAUCAAGCGAAACGGAGUGUCCUCGUUUAAGAAUUAAAAGGAAAACAAACAAACAAAAAAACAACAACUUGUUAGAUUACGAUUAAUUUAAGACUCUAUUGAAAUGAACAACCUACUGCAAGUAAGUAAGCGUAAUGAAUAAAAUUAAACUUUAAAGAGACCCAGUUUUUACUAACAUCGGAUGAGAAGAGAAAACAGAAUCAAAACAUUUCAAGAGAAAAAUUAGACUGUAUGGAAGUUUAGCUUGUAAUAAGAAGAGUGAAACAUAAGGCGUAUCCCAUCAGGACAGUGAUAAAAACAAAUCGGAACAGUACCGUUUUAAGAAAACAGAAAU